GACCAAUUAGCCUUGUGAAGUUAUAUCGACUGUAUUGAUCUAGGGAUAUAUUCGAUUGAUCUAUUCGGUUUGAUCUUUUAAAUCAAUUAGACCAUUUUAUUGCUUCAAAUCAUUCAAUUGAUUUUAAUAUCGUUUUAUCGUUUAGAUAUUCAAGGCAGUAACAUAUAGACCUCUUUUUCAGUGCCUUUGAUUCGAUAUAAGCGUCUGGUGACGAGUUAUAUCCAAUAAUUGAUUCUUGUCCUUUUCUCAAACCUAUAAGCAUAAUCCCCUUUUUUAACAUGUCUCAACAAUCUUUCCCAAUUGCAAGUGAUUUAAAUGCCACUUGGAGUUUUAUCCAACCUGGAUUAGAAUUCAUUCUAGGUGCCCAAGGUGAUCAAGGUGUGACUUCCAAAAUGUAUAUGAAUUGUUAUACUGCUAUUUAUAAUUACUGUACCACCAAAUCACGUAAUUCUCCAAAUACUGGUGCUUCAAGUCAUAGUAUGAUUGGCGGAUCAUCAAAUAAUAGCUCUUAUUCUUUGGCUGGUGCUGAAAUCUAUUCAAAAUUGGAUGAUUACUUGGUUAGUUAUAUCUCUGGUUUAAAGAAAAGUCCCAAUGAAUCUUUUUUGGAAUUUUAUGUUAAAAAAUGGACUCGUUUUACCAUUGGAGCAGGCUACAUGAAUAACGUUUUUGAUUAUAUGAAUCGUUAUUGGGUUCAAAAAGAAAGAUCCGAUGGUAGAAGAGAUAUUUUUGAUGUCAACACUUUAUCUUUAUUAAAAUGGAAAUUUAAUAUGUUUAAUAAUAAUGCAAACCAAUUAAUCAGUGAAGUACUUGAGCUCAUUGAAAAACAAAGAAAUAAUGAAAUUGUUGAAACCAAUCUUAUUUCUGUGGCAAUUAAAUCCUUGGUUUUCUUGGGUAUUGAUGUUCAAGAUUUGAAAAAACCUAAUUUAGUUGUAUAUAUCAAACACUUUGAACAAGAUUUCUUGAACAGUACUGCCGAUUAUUACAGUAAAGAAUCCAUUAAUUUUCUUUCCCAACAUAACGUGGUUGAUUAUAUGAAAAAAUGUGAAACAAGAUUAGCAGAAGAAAUAUCAAGAUCCAAUAAUUAUUUAGAAGAUCAUACCAAAAAAUUAUUACUAGAAACAUUGAAUAAAGUUCUUAUAAAAGACCAUGCUCAAGAAAUGUAUAAUCAAUUCUUGGGAUUAUUAGAACAAAAUGAAAUAGAUCAUAUUCAAAGAAUGUACAAAUUACUAUCAAGAGUUCCCUCUACUUUAACCCCUUUGGCAGAUACUUUUGAAAAGUACAUUAAAGAAGAAGCUGCAAAAGCAAUUGAAGAGAUAAAAAAAUCUUCAGAUAAUUCUGUUGAAUCAAAAACAGAAGGAAAUGCUGCCGCUGGUACCGGUGCUAAAGUUACAAGAAGAGCUGCAUCUGGAGCUAUCAAUCCAAAAACUUAUAUUCAUACAUUGGUUAAUAUCUAUUAUAAAUUUAGAGAAAUCAUUGUUGCUGCAUUCGAUAAAGAUCCCUUUUUCAUCAAAUCUUUGGAUAACGCCUGUGCCCACUUUGUCAAUAAUAACUCUAUUGCGUUACCAACUCCUAAAUCCCCUUGUAAAACUCCAGACUUAUUGGCUAAAUAUGCUGAUGGUUUCUUAAAAGCUACAGGUAAAGAACAGGAAACAGCUGACAUGAAUGCAGAUCAUUUAAUGGUUGUUCUUAAAUUUGUUAAUGAUAAAGAUGCUUUUGAAGAACAUUAUCGUCGUUUAUUGGCAAAGAGAUUAAUUCACAGUAAUACUAAGUCCGAUGAAUUAGAAGAAGGUAUCAUACAAAGAUUACAAGAUGAAAAUUCUUUAGAAUAUACUUCUAAAAUGACUAAGAUGUUCCAAGAUAUGAAAGCAUCUGGUGAUUUGAAAACACAUGUUAAAGACCAAUUGGGUGAUAACAAUUAUAUUAAAGAUUUUACACCAUUAGUGUUGGCUCAAAGUAUGUGGCCUUUCAACUAUUCUGAAGAUUAUGAAUUGAAAUUAGCUCCCGAAUUAUUGCCUGCAUUCAAUAAAGUAGAGGAAGUUUAUACGAAACAGCACAACGGUCGUCAACUUCAAUGGCUUUGGAAUCAUGGUAGGAGUGAAGUUAAAGCAAACUUAUCAAGAAAGGGGAAACCACCUUUCAUUUUCACUGUGACAAAUUCUCAAUUAGUCAUUUUAUUAGCAUUUAAUAAGAAAAAAUCUUAUACUCUUAAAGAAUUACAUGACAUAGUUGGUACUGCAAGACAUACAUUUGAAGCCCACUUACUACCAUUUACCAAAUAUAAAUUACUCGAUCAACUGCCACCUGAACCAGAUGCCUUCACAAAAGAUGAUACUGUAUUCACUAUCGUUGAUGAAUAUAAAUCUAAAAAACUUAAAGUAAGCUUUGUCAGUUCAAUCAAAACUGAGCAAAAACAAGAAGAAGAUGAUGCCAACAAAGAAAUUGAUGAAUCUCGUAAGAAUUAUCUCUCUGCAAGUAUCGUCAGAAUCAUGAAAGCAAGAAAGAAAAUGAAACAUAAUGAAUUAAUGAAUGAUGUCUUACUUCAAGCACAAUCUAGAUUCCGUGCUAAAAUCAUUGAUAUAAAAAGAGUCAUUGACUUUUUGAUAGAAAAGGAAUACAUUCGCCGUUGCGACAAUGAUUCUUAUGAAUACUUGGCUUAG